UUUUCGGUCAGUGUAUUUAUUCAGUUUAUUCAGUCAUGAAAACAAAAAUAGUUUGUUAAUGUACCUUGUUUAGGUAGAAGAAGAAAAAAAAUCAGCCAAUGAAGAUGUUCUGUCAUUCUCUUCUCAUUAACAUUUCUUGUUAAUCUGACCAGGCGGUGUGCAUCCACGGGGCGUCACGGUGGAGGAUAUAUAAACCACAGCUGUAUCGACUUCGUCAUUCAUCGGGUGUCAGCGUGUCCCUGUCAGCAGCAGCUCUGUCAGGUGCAGUCAUGCUCCGUCCUGCCCACGGCCUUCAACUGCUCGCGCUCCUACUGUUGCUGAGAAGGAGCACCUCGGCUGUUCACAACGACGCCACAGAGUCCGGUCAUACUCAGCUGGUCCCCGACACACCGGACGAGCCGGCUAAUGAAGAUACGAACCAGGCGAACAACGGCGGAAGACGGCAGACUGGCGCUGUGCGUGAUGGUCCAGACCAGAGCCAGGUGGGCUGCAGGGAGCUGAGGUCCACAAAGUACAUCUCAGAUGGCCAGUGUACCAGCAUUAACCCCAUUAAGGAGCUGGUCUGUGCUGGGGAGUGUCUGCCUGCCCACCUGCUGCCCAACUGGAUCGGAGGUGGGAGUUACACUGGCAGGUACUGGAGCCGCCGCGAUGCUCAGGAGUGGCGCUGUGUCAUUGACAGGACCAGGACCCAACGGAUCCGACUGCAGUGCCAGGAUGGCAGCUCCAGGACCUACAAGAUAACUGUGGUGACAUCCUGUAAAUGCAAGCGCUACACCAGAGACCAGAAUGACUCAGGACACAAGGACACAUCUAUCCACAGUGGUAAACCGAGGAAAAAUCAGAGGAAGGGUGGACUCCCUGAGGAGAGAGCCGGGAGGCAGUCUGACAACUAAAACCUCUGUAAUCCUGCAGUUAGAGAGGAAAUGCCUGCCUUCAUCAUGAAAUUCAUGGAUGGUAUAAAUGUGCAAAUAUAAUCCAAAUAUUCAAAAAUCAGGCCAAAUAGAUGUAAAAGUGAGUAGUGUAGAUUUGUCCCCAGAUUUUAAAACAGUUGUAAAAUUAGUCUCUUGACCAAAGCACAGUUUAGUUAGUAGAAAAGUUCAGUGUUUUAGGAAAUAUACUUAUUUGCUAUCUUUCAUAGAGUGAGAUAUCUCAGUGGAUAUCAGUCCUAUUUUUAGGACAGUUAGCCUAGCUUAGCAUAAAGAAUGGAAGCAGGGGGAAACAGCUAGCCUAGUUCUGUCUAAAGUUGAAUAUGGACAUGCCAAAACCCCUAGAGCUCUAUGAUUAACAUGUCCUGGCCUGUUUGAUAACCAUGCACCAAUAGAAAUUAACAGAAAAACAACAAUUUGGUUUUAGGGGGACUGACAUUCUGGAGCUAUUCCUUGGUAAACACACAGUUUCUAUCAAUCCAUAACUUCUGAGGCAUCUCGCUUGUGACAGUGCAGGUUGCCAGAACCAGUCAGUGAUUACAGGUUUUGUUUCUGAUUCUGUACAGGCACGAUGACACUAAUCCAGGCAACUUUACUGUGAUGACAAGCAGUACACAGUCACUAUACCUGGCUGCUAUUGUCAAGAAAUUGUUUAAGCAACUCCCACAGAAUGUAAUUUCUGUUUGUGUACAGAUUAAACCAACAACAUACAUGUUUCAUCAGUGAGUUCUACAACUGUUCCUACUUUGUUCUGAGCCAGGCUAAUUCUUUAUUCCCUAAGGUUAACUACAUCCUGACUUAAAAUGUUGGAACUAUUCCUUUGACAUGAACCAGCUGUUAACUAGCCAGCAUGGUCCUUUGAUAAAGCAAUGCAUAUUCAUUUAAAGGAACAUUUUAUAUUAUGGGCCAGAGUCAGAAAAGAUAGAGAAGUCUGUCCUAAAGAUGAAAGACCUGUGUUAAUCAGAUAUCCAAAUACUGUACAAGAUCUGUUCUUGUUACAUGCAAUAAGUCCGUUUUCAACACAAGCAUCUAUUAGCUGUCAGUUAACUUGCAUGUGUACAAAUCUGACAGUGGCAGACAACAUGUUUCAAAGCAAAACAGUUGUAUUAAUCAAUCCUGACAAUACAGAAAACAAAAUGGUCAGAUGAGUUAUGGCACUUUAUAUGAACUGUGCAAGUUUGACUUUCUUUAGAACCAAGCCUUUAUUUCUAGGGAUGCACGAUAUAUAUGGGACCGAUAAAUGAUCAGCGCAAUUGUAGAAAAGGUACGUUAUCGGUAAUCAGCAGAUAUAAAAAAAAAAAUACAAAUUCCUUUUGUUCACUUAACAAGUGCAACAUCUACACACAGUAGGUGGCAAUAUGCACCUUUAUAGUUCUUUGGUGAGCAGGCAACAAACACAGAGAAGAAGAAUAACAAAAACUCUGUUGUUGUGCUCAUGACGUCGAACUGAUGCUCCUGUGUAGAGCCACACAUUGUAGACAAGACACACAUGUCGUUGCUGGUGUGGACGAUGAUUUUUUUUGUUGUUUUUUUUACAGGAAGAAGACAUCCCUGUAAGCAUUCAGAGGGGAGGGAAAAGGCUUUAUACAACACAUCUUAUUACAGCUGUGGAAUAUUAAAUCUAUCAUCUUUGCUCACUUCAUCUGAGCCUUUACACACAGGUGUGCAUGAAUACCAGGUUAGAAGUGUAUUUUUCAUACAUGAAAAUAUGUCAUUAUUGUUAUUUUAUCAGUAUCAGCCAUGAGAGGCAGGUAGUUACGGGCAUUGGAAGAAAAAAAUCCAUAUCGUGCAUCCCUAGUCAUUUUCGAAAGAUGUUCUUUCCUUGGCAGCUUCACAAUCUAAAGCAGCACACACUUCCACAUUUUCAGCCAGGUUUUUGCAGUAAAAGUAAACGAAAAUUGGCCUACAUUCAAAAUACUCUAACUUCCUCCGAGUGCAUCCAGUGGGAUUCUGGCAUUGGCAGAAUGUAUAAUUAUAAUUUUACUGUAGACAAGAAUGGAAGAGGAUUUGGGCCCAUCUGAACUUCCAGAGUAAUUUCAGCGCUGUCAUCUAGAAAUUACAUUUACAGCAUAUUACUAAAUUAUUUUUCCACAUAUGUUUUGGUAUCAAAACAGACAAAAUCUGUUGCUGGAUGUAUAUUUACACCCAAUACAUUUCAUAGUAAACAUUUAUAAAUACAUUUAUCUACCACAGCAGGGUUGCAGCGAGGUGGUAGGGGCAGGUGGAGAGCAUACAAACACGUGGGACUUUAAUAAUGCUGUAGUUACUAUGAGCAGAUGUAAAGGCAAAAAACUAAUUAAAUGCAUUGACAAUUAAUAUGAUCCAUUUUUAAACCUUUUUUUAACCUUGCCAGAUAUGUUAAUUAACAACAUUUCCUCACAGCCUGUUCCCCCUGUUGACAUCCAGCAAAAUAUUGAGUAGUAUACACAGCUGUGCCACCAGGCGACAGAACAGCUUCUUUCCGCAUGUUGCGAGACUCCGGAACACUCAUCCUGAACAUGCAUGAAACAGUGCUUUGAUUUUUCUUGUGUAGCAUAAAGGGAUUAUAACUUACAUUCCAUUCUACAACGCUGUGUUGUAGAAGGGCAUAUGUUUAUGGAAAACCUAAUAAUUUCAAAUACAACAUAAGUAUAUAUUAACAUGAUUUUCUAGGAGAUAGGGCGGGAUUAUUCGUAAUAGGGAAUAAAUGAUGCUUCACUGUGUCCUAGGUGACUUCAUGUAAAAAUAAUAGAAUAAUCCAUUAGAUAAUUUAAAGCCUCAACAGACUUUGGAUAUAAGACAUGUAAAAGAAAUGUUACCAUGAUUCAUAAAGUUUCAAAUGUGAAAUUAGAUUCAUAUAAUCGAGUGGUGCUUAGAUAGGCUAUAGUCUGAAAACAAUGUACAAUAUGUGGGGAAAGUUUCAUGGGUAUUUUCAGAUCGAAUAGUAUGUAAUUUAUUUUUGUACCACAACAGUUAAUAUUCUUUUUUGUACUGUUUCAUCACUGUUUGAAAUAAAUAAUUGAAAGAAGAUUGU